GUACAAGUCUACCCUCCUUCCAGCACCAUCUUACGACAACGUGUUCAUCAAUGGUAUCUCCGCCGUCCAGUUUCAUUAACGCGAUCGACACGAUGUUAUCCGCCAGAAGAACACCCGACCCUCUGCAGUUCGACAUCAACUCAUACUUGUCAAAAUCAGGCGUCAAGAAAGGCAAGUGUCGCGUUUGUCGACGCGAUGUUCCGUGGGUGCGAGAGCGCGUCAUUUCACACAAGGUCUCAAACAACUGUGAAGGGAUAAGUGAAAACGAAAACGGCCUGUUCAUGGACCUGAAACAUCUUCGUGCCGGCAGAGUUGUUGUGUCGGUUGGCACCAAGCGUGCUGAAGCUCACGUUCGUCCUGCGUCCGCAUAAGAAACGCCUCUUCCUCCAGACGACGGCUAAUUUUCUGGACGCCAUCUCAAAAGCUGAUGCCGCUCAUAUCGACGCUGCAAUUGCAGAUCUGGUAUUCCGUACUGGGAUAUCAUUUCGAGUCAUAGA